AUGGCUAAAACUCAGCUGCAAGGCGGUGGAGUGCAGCCUGAGGACGGACGGGGUUUUCGGGGAACGACAGAAAGCCUGGCCGAGCCGGAGAGCCCUUCGCUCGGAUCCCAGACUGAGCUGAACGGCUCCGCCAACAACGCUGAGAGACCCACAGACAAAUACGGAUUUAUUGGAGGAGCUCAGCAGUUUUCUGAAGACUCUGCUGAAGAAAUCCCUCCAGAGGUGCUGAGGCAGAGAGAGGUGAAAUGGCUAGACAUGCUCAACAGCUGGGACAAGUGGAUGAGCAAAAAACACAAAAAGGUGAAGUUGCGUUGUCAGAAGGGAAUCCCCCCAUCGCUCAGAGGGCGUGUCUGGCUCUAUCUCUGUGGAGGGAAGGUCAAGAAAGAGCAGAACAAGGACAGGUUCCAGGAUUUGGACCGUCAGCCUGGAGAUCCUAAAUGGGUGGAUGUGAUUGAGAAGGAUCUCCAUAGGCAGUUUCCUUUUCAUGAGAUGUUUGUGGCUCGAGGAGGCCAUGGGCAGCAGGAUCUGUUCCGGGUGCUGAAGGCCUACACACUGUACAGACCAGAGGAGGGGUACUGUCAGGCUCAGGCUCCGAUAGCUGCAGUGCUGCUCAUGCACAUGCCUGCUGAGGAAGCGUUCUGGAGUCUGGUGCAGAUCUGUGAGAAAUAUCUGCCGGGGUAUUAUAGCGCAGGCCUGGAGGCGAUUCAGCUGGAUGGACAGAUUCUUUUUGCUUUGCUGAAGCGUGUCUCCUCUGUUGCUCAUCGGCAUCUGAAGAAGCACAAGAUCGAUCCCAUUCUGUACAUGACUGAGUGGUUUAUGUGUGUGUUCUCCCGGACACUCCCGUGGGCCUCAGUGCUGCGUGUUUGGGACACGUUCUUUUGCGAGGGAGUAAAAAUCAUCUUCCGUGUGGGGCUGGUGCUGCUGAAGUGCAUGCUGGGAUCUCAGGAGAAGCUGAAGGCAUGUCAGGGUCAGUACGAGACGAUGGAGCUGCUUCGGGCCAUAGAGCCGCGCUACAUGAAGGAGGGCUUCCUCAUUAGAGAGAUUAUGGAGCUACCAAUCUCUGAGCGGGACAUUGAGAAGGAGCACCUCACUCAGCUGCGUUUGUGGAAGGAGUCGAGAGGAGAGUUGCACUGUAAAUCUCCUCCCAGAAUGCACGGUGCUCGCGCUAUCAUGGUAGCUGAACCACCCAGCAAGCAGGACCUGCGGCAGAAACCCACCAUCGCUGUGGACGUCCUCCCAAACUCCAAAAACACUGAGGAAGAGAGGGACAAGAAAAAGAAAAAAGGCAAGGAAAACACUACCUCUCGACCUGAGACAGCCAAUCAGCAUUCGUCAUUACAGGACAACCUUUUACCCGGCCAACCACAGCCCCUGCUGAAGGACACGCCCCUCCAGGGGUCCAAUCAAAGUCUAAGUAGUGCGGAACAUGACACAUACCUAUAGAGAGGCAAAACAUUAAGACAGAAAGAGAGAGGCUGAAUCCCAAAAGAACCCUAGUGGAUAAAUAAUGCACUACUUAGGUCGUAAAGUAUUGUUUUCAAGUAGGACUGCAUGAUACAGACAAAAUCCUGUUAUUGUUAUUAUAUUGGUGUACAUAUAAAGGGGAAUUCCACAUAUUUUUCAAAUUCAGUGGUUGAGAAAAGUGGUUUGAUGUGAAAUGGUUAAUUGUAGAGAAAUUUAGCGACACUUGGCGAUUUCUUUACAUAGUGGUGAUCGGAAAUAGGACUCUGACCACCAGUGAACCCACAUGUGUCUUCUGAGGUUUUUUUAUGUAAUGUAGAUGGUAAAAUAGUGGAAUAUCUGAAAAAUAAGCUUUCUUUGGGACCUAACUUUCCUCAUUACACCUUGCAUGGCAUAAUCCUCCAGCAUAAACAGAUUAAAAAAUAUUUUUAAACUAUCAUAAUACUAUGUGUCAGACAUCAGACCAUAGCCAUGUAAUAACUCUCUGUGAGGGAGCUUUAGAGGUGGAGGUCUGGUUCCCAUCACCACCACUGUGAACCAUGCUGACUCAGUAUGUUUCUCUAGGACAGGGCAUUUCACGUCACACCACUCUGAGUUUGUUUGCAUUUUGACAGUUUAAUCAAGCAGACAUUUUGAAGAAUUGAAGGCAAUCCUGUUUAAAGACUCCGAUAUCAACCUGGACUGUUUUGACCAAAAAAAUACUUUCGUUAGGUUGUGUAAAUGAUUCAUAAAAACGCCCACAGACACAGUAAUUACUCACAAAUCAAUUUGCUUUCAUAAUAAAAUCUCAUCUUGUAAAACAUUUACUUUAUACAAGGAAAAAGCAUUAAUUGAAAUGGCCUGUAAUUUUCAUUCAUUAUGAAAUAGUAGCACAGAUUAAAGGGCAGUUGGUGUUUGCAAAUGGCUCAAAAUAAAUAAAGAGAAAACACACUAUGAUUUUAUUAAAUUAGAUACGUAAAAGUCCUAAAGAGCUUGAAUUCAAGAAUAGUUUGGUUUAUAUACACAGUAAUUAUACAUAUUCUGGGUUAUAUACUAUGAGUUGGAAGUACAGAUGUGAGAUGGGAAUUGGGUGAUUGUCAAUACCCAAUUUUUUUCACAUACUGAUAACAUUGAUGUUGAUACAUAAACAUUUACAAAAUGUAGAAAUUGAAGUUAUCAAUUUAAUAAUUCAGAAAUUUGAAAUAUUGGCCAAAUCCAUGUCUGCCUUUUUAAAGUAUCUGCUGAGAUAUGUUGGUAUUUCUCCACAAUAUAUACAAAAUACUAGUAUAAUGAAUAUAGUAUUACAUAUUGUGCUUUUGAUACAAAUUACAAUAUAAGGACAAAUACUGAUAAGUCAUUAAUAUGGUGAAGAUGCAUCAUUUUUACUAAAAUAAUUAACUUUUGUUGGAUUACAUAAAACCCAUGAUUGGUCACCGUGGCCUCACUAACUCACCUGAAUCAGUAAAAACACUCUUAAUUGGUUAGAGGAGCUGUUUCAGUAUCAGUAAUGCAAAAGCCAAUAUCUCAAUAACGAAUAACUAACUACACACUAUGCAGCCCUAGUUUUUUACACAAAGGUAGUGCAAUAUGUCCAGUAAGAUGCCAUUUGGGAUUCAGUCAAAGAGAGAGAGAAAGAAGGUGGAUGAGAGAAUCCGGUGGCGCCAUAAAUGGGACACAGCCUCUGCAUAAACAGCGGCACAUCAGAUGCCUCAAAGCAUCACCCUGACCUGUGAAUGUUUACUAAUUGACAUUUCUGUGCUCUGUCCACAAAUGCACCCUUUUGUAGCAAAAUUGACAUUGAAGGGGAAUUUAUCUAAAUUUCUGCCCAAUUCAGUUCUUGAGUAAACAAUGUCAGCUAUAAGUUUACUGCACAGUGAAUGAAUUUUUAAAAAUGGGCCAGAAUCAUCUUAAAACUAUUGUGAAACAAAGUUUCAGACAUCAAGCUUUCCAUUUAUAACCGGUAAGUUUCUCUGGAACAGAGCAUUUUACAUGAGACCACUCUGAGUGACUCUGUUUACAUCUUAACCAUACAGAAUUUUGAAUAUUUGUUGUAAUUCCCCUUUAAUAACAGACUCUAAAUGUAGGCAUUGUGGUAUAAAUUGAGUUCUGUACCACAUUAGAUUGAAUGAGCUUUUAACCAGCAUUCUGUAAAGCUUUUCUAACCUAGUAACAGUUGCUAUGAAAGGGCAUAUUUGUAGGUGGAGCCUGGAUAGUCAAUCAUGACUGAAGUGCAGCACAGCUGCCCACUCUCAGGUGUCUUCAUCCAAUCUGACUGGACUGCAGUUCCCGGAAUGCAAUGGGAGCAAUCAAAUGGGAACAGUGGAGUUUGCAGUUUUUGUUUAUUUUCCACUAUGAGUUCUUUCACGUCCUCUUACUUAAUGAAGGAAUGUAUAUACGUACAUAUGUUCUUUUUUUCCAUAUAAACUGAGGAUGACCAAGUGCAGUGGCAGUUAUCUUUCUGAAGGAGCAGGUCUAAGCUUAAAGCAUCUCAGAUCAAGGUCAUGACUGAAACAUCACUGUGUGAUAGUGAGAUCAAAAGGCAGAAUUUUUACUGCAUUUUAGCAGGUUGUUUUCUGUAGAAAGACGCUAAUAUCUGAUAUGGAUGCUGUUUCCGUUCAGCUUCUUCUGUUUGCAGUAAUUGUAGCGUUCCUGUUUUACAUCAUUUCCAGUCUCAGGAGUCAAUCGCAAGCGCUUCGUUGGCUGCUGAAAUCAAGUGUGUUGCUUCUGGAGAGUUUUUUAGCUUUUAAUCCACAGUUUCCCAGAAAAUUACAUGUUCAUCAUUACAUGUUCGAAUGGAUUACUUACUGGUGAAGAUUGAAUUGUUGCACUUUUAAAUUUACCUCUUGCAUUUAAAAGCUUCCUAUUUUUACAUCAAAUUAAGAUGAAUUGGUAGGUAUACAGAAAUGCUAGUAUAGCAUUUUUACUUGUCCAAAUGGAAUUUCUGAUAUUAAGAAAGUGUGCUUUAAAAGCUAAAACACUUUGUAGGCUAGAAAAUAUAUGGCUAAUUUUGCUGCAUGCAAUUUGUGGUUUUGGCCACUAGAGGCUGCACUUGGGCUGUUUUUUUUGUUCUUUUAGCACGAGAGAGCCAAAAUUUCUGUGAAGUGUGAAGUCAUAUAAUGUCUCUGUCCAAAAAAGCCAAAAAGCCAAUCUCCUCCACAUUUUCCAUUUUUAUUUUUGCAUAAUUGGACAUAGCAGCUGAUUUUUACAAAAGAUGCUCCAAAAUUGAUCUGAAUGACAUCUCUUUUCAUUAACUUUCUCUUUUAAAGUUACCACACACUUUCUUUCUUUUUUGGACAGCGAUGAUAUAGCAAGAUGCUUCAUAAUUACAUAGAAAGUGCAGUUGUAUAGUUUCCAUAUCUCACAGGGGCCAGUGUUUUCUACCCAAAGACCAAAGACAGCUUUUCUUUUGUGUUCUGGUAUUACAAAACAGUUUAUUGCCUAAUACAGACAGUUUGAUUAGGAAUAACACUACAGCAGUUAUUGUAAGAAUUGUAAGAGGCACAGAUGAGACUGAACACACACAGACUUUACGGCUGCAGCGUAGUUGUGCCAAAAACUUGGGAGACAAAAACAGAAUAAUUCAACUACAUUUAUUUUCCACAGUGUCCUGACUUUCAGAUUAUUACGAUGAUGGAGGCUUUUUAGGCCAAACUGCAGCAUAAACAUCAGCCCAGUUCAGUCCUAUUGUAUGUGCAGUAUGAAUGUUGACAAUAAGACUUGAUCCUCAUCAAUCCAACACACAUGGGAUGAGUGCGUGAAAAUAUGUGGGACCUUUUUUGUUAUGACAAGGAAUAGUUCAUUUUGAGACCAAGUCCAUCAGCUUCAUAAUAUGAUGUAGCUGUGAUGAGUCAUAAACAAGUGGGAGAAAGUUUUCACACAAUAAAAGUUCUGUUCUUCAACCUAAUGUUUAUUUAACACUUCUGUAGCAUACAAAUAAUUUCUACAGUCAAUUCUGUGUGAUUUGUGAAACACACCUACAGUUCUGUGCAGAUUCAGAGACCAUCAUUUAUUUAUUUUUCACUUAAAAACAGCAUAAAUAUUUCGUUAUUACUAACUUACUAAUUAAAUUACUAUUUAAGUUAUUCACUCAUUUAUUGUCAGUGUCCAUGUUCAGUGAGUCACUCUGUACCUUUAUUCCAGCUUCCAUUCUUUUCAGGAGACUCACUUUCAGCUUCUCACAGAAUCUGCAGACACACGUCCACAGUUCAGUCUUAGAAGUUGGUUGAUCAUU